AUGAUCAGUGUUUUAUUUGUUGUUCAAAUUUUAUGUUCCAUUUUUUUACCAUUAUGGCUAUAUAUUUGGAUUAGCAAAAUAGUUAAGAAAUACAAUUCAUCAUGUUUAGAUUUGAAACAAAACAUUCCAAGUAUUUACUUUUUGUUAAAAUAUUGGUGGGCAGAGUAUUAUAUUAACUGGAUGAAGAGAAGCGAAAAGAAUGUUUCAGAUUUUGAUAAUGACGAAAAGCGUCACCUAGCAGAUUCCAAAAUCAAAGAUAAAGAUAGUACCAAUAGUAUAUUUUUUUAUGGCGCCGAUCAGAAAGGAAAUUCUCUUGUAAUUAAAUUCACUCGUAGAGCGUUUAAAGUAGCAGAAAUAUCAUUGCAACUUGCUACAUCUGAUGGUCAACUAUAUGUUUUGCCUGAAUAUCCCGAUACUACUUUGACAAGUAGUUUGACUCAGAAAUGGACAGCAGGUGGCCUUAGAAUUGAAUUUUUAGACUUCCAACAACGCUGGAGAAUAAUUUACAAUGGAAUGCUUAGGAACUUAACUCUGGGUGAUGAAUGUAAUGACGAUAAUGUUGAACACAUCAGUAUUCAAUUCCGUCGGUUAAAGCCUGCAUUAAUAAUUUUUUUAAUUAGAUUUAUUGCACAUAGCCGAUCAAUGAAAUGGCCAGAAGAUUGGAGUUCAAAAUUACAUGCUGAAGCGUUAGCUUGUGAUCCUUGGAAAAAUCAUCAAUGGAUAAAUAAAAUAAAGUUAUUAGAGUAUAAAGGUUUUGAUCAAUGGGGAUCUAUGCUAGGUCAAGUAACGUAUAAAGAUGGAUCUAUUUCUUCGCUGUAUUUGCGCGGACUUCAUCAACAUCGUUGGGGAAAACACGAAUCUUAUGAAUUUUAUGAAUCAGUUAUGUUAUUUGGAGUAAUGUUAUAUGGUGCCAUGUAUUAUCUUAAUAUGAGUAGUACAAAACAUAGUUUUCCACAAAUACAGCUUGGUCAAUACAGAACUAGUAAUGAAAAUAAAUGUGAAAUUAGCAAAAUAGGACUCAAAUUAUCAGACUUUAGACAAGGAAAACUUAACAAUAAUUUGGAAUAUAAAACGUGGUUCAUAGCUGAAAAUAAAAGAUAUGAUAUUGUCAUAAAACCUAAUAAAGCAAUAACACUAUACUACGGUCAACCGUGGAAUUCAUUAAAUAAAAUUGUUACCGUGAAUUUGGAAAUGAAUGGGAAAGCAGGUGUUGGAUUACUGCAAUUAUGGUCUCUUUACAGUGGACCACAUAAAGGAAAAACAAUUGUACCUCUACCAUUGUUGAAACAACUUAGCGGUGCAGUGCAAAAAGAUGAUUACGUUAUAUAUUUCAAUGAUGGAAAAUGUCAAAAUGAAAAUAUUGUUGGUGGAAAAGGAUGUUCUCUCGCAAUGUUAACUUCCGUUAAAGAUGCAGAGUUUGUUGUACCAAGAGGAUUUUGUGUGACUGUUUUUGCUCUCGAAUUGCAAUUACGUACACACAAGGAAUUGCAAAAAGUAAUUAACGAUAUCGAGGAUGUCAGUGUUGGGAAGAAAGAUGGUGAUCUUCAGAAAUAUUGCGACAAAGCUAUUCAUAUCAUCGAGUCGACUCCUGUCAUUGACGAAGUGAAAGAUGCAAUUUUGAAAGCAAUAGAAAACUUAGAAUCAGAAAACCUUAAUGAUAAAUCAUCUAGGUAUGCAAUAAGAUCUAGUGCUGUAGGUGAAGAUAGUGAGGAAACCUCAGCAGCCGGUCAAAAUUCAACCUAUUUAAGUAUCCAAGGUGAAGAUAAUAUUGUCAAGAGCGUAGCCAAAUGUUGGGCAAGUUUGUUUUCAUAUCAAAGUGUCAAAUACAGAAAACAACAUGGUAUGUUUGUAAAAACAUCUAUGGGAGUAUGUGUACAAAAAAUGGUGGACGCUAAUGCUGCUGGUGUCAUGUUCACUAGGCAUCCAACUACUGGAGAUCCAUCGAAUAUUCUUAUUACAGCUAAUUACGGAUUAGGGGAGUCUGUUGUUUCAGCAACAGUUGAACCAGACACGAUAAUUGUUCACAAAAGUUGGGAUGGUAAAUUAACUGUGGAAAGUUCAUCAACGGGGAAUAAACAACAAAAGAUCAUAUCAAGUGAUAAUGGAGUUGUUACGAUUGAACUCAAUGAGCAAGAAAACAAAACAGUUUGCUUGUCGGAACAAAUCGCUUUGCGAUUAGCUGCUAUAGGAGCAGAUUUAGAAAUGUUGUUCGGUAGUGCCAGAGACAUAGAAUGGGCAGUGGUUAACGAAAAUAUUUAUUUGCUUCAAGCUCGGCCUAUUACCACUUUAUACACGUGGACAGAUUUUGAAUUGACACACGAGUUAGAUUCAGGUGUUCCUAGCGAUAUUGACAUGUUCACAUUUGCUAACGUGGGCGAAGUAUUUCCAUAUCCAUUGUCACCUUUGACAAUUUCUGUAAUUAUAAAAAUACUGAACGACUUAACUUGUAUUGCAUAUCAAACUAUAGAUAAUAUUUUCUUUCAAAUCGUUGGUAUGAGAAUUUGCAUAAACUAUUAUAACACGUUUUUACGACAACCUAGCAAAACUGUAACACUUGUCAACAAAGUCUCGGAUAUUGGUAUUUGCGGACAUGUUGUAGUAACUCCAGAAAUAAUGGAAGUUGCUCGUGAAAGAAACGGCGAAUCUACUCGUUUAGAUCGAAUUUUAUUGCUGUGCAAAAUGGUACUAGAUGCAAUAAAUAACGGUAAAGUAGAAAAAGCCGCAAAGAAGAUUCGCCAAAACUUGGAUUUAAAUGCAGACGAUUAUCAUACGGCUUAUAGUUUAUAUAAUAAAAUUAACCAACGUAAAGAUGUGUCAAAGGCAGCGGUGUGUCAUAUGCAUACAACAAGAGUCAGUGUCAUUUAUCAAAUGCUUGCAAUGGGAUUACUAACAAAUGGCUACGAAGAUAUCGUGCAAGAGCACUUUUCAGAUAUUGCAAUUUUAUUAGGUUCUUGCAGCGACAUUGUUAGUGGUGAUGUGGUAACAAGGCUUAACAAAAUAGUGCUUUAUAUUAAAAGAAAUGAAAAAGAUGAAGAGUUUAGAAAAGUUGAUCCAACUAAAGGUAUCGAUUGGUUAAAAGUUAAUUGUCCACAAGCUGCAAACGAAUUGGAUACUCUUCUUAAAGAGCAUGGACACAGAUGUAUUCAAGAAAUGGAUUUUAUAUCAGAACCAUGGUCUCUUAGACCCCACGAUCUUAUUAGUACGCUUCAGACAAUGAUAGUGGGUGCGAAACCGAAUAAUUCAAAUAAAUCACUCAACGUGGAAGAAACAUUAGCGCAAUUGAAAACACCAAAGAAAGAAUCUACUAAAUGGAUUUUGAAGAAGCUUGUACCCCUAUCUAGAAAAGCUGUUGUUUGUCGAGAAUUGACAAAAUCGAUAUUAGUCAGUGUUACACAUAUGUUUAGACUAGCUUACAGAAGGCUAGGAAAACUGAUGGUUUUAGAAGGAUAUUUACCCAGCGAAGACUUAAUAUUCUUUUUAACACAUGAAGAAAUAGGAAAACUGUUGACUCAUCACGAUGCAGCAUUAGUACAAAAAGCGACAUAGAUAUAGCAGUAGAUGAAAAAUCAGCAAAGAUUCAAGGAACGCCAGUGUGUGGAGGCUCUGUUCUGAACAGAGCGUGCGUAAUCACAGAUUUAUCAGAAAUACACGCGUUAAAACAGGGUGAUAUUUUAAUUACUCACGCUACUGAUAUUGCUUGGAGUCCAUACUUCCCAUUACUUAGCGGUAUAGUUACGGAGUUGGGAGGACUUAUUAGUCAUGGAGCUGUAAUAGCUCGAGAAUACGGUCUUCCAUGCAUAAUUGGAGCUAAGAAAGCUACACAAAUGUUUGAAACAGGUAAUAUAUCGUUGUUUUUCAAGAGGAAGAAAAGACAAAUGCUAAGAGAUAUAUGUAUAUACACAUUUCUAGGAGAUACUGUGCUAUUAACCGCAAAUACUGGUGUUUUGCAGUUGGUGAAGAAACAUGAUUGA